GGAGAAAGACGACCACCGCCGGGCGGAUUCUAAGAAACGGAGCGGAGAGCAGCGCAGAGCGUGCAGGAGAGGAACCAAGUAGCAACAACAGCUGGCACAAUGCUGGCCGAAGUCAUCAAGCGUCAAUUAUCGGCGGGAGGCGGAACUCCAACAUGGGCACGUGGCGCCGCCCCACGUUCCCAAUUACCAGGACCCGCGAAACAGACACCCGUCAGCUGGGCGGCCAAAUCCUACGGUGCUGCUGCGCUUCGACUGGUUUCCAGAUGGCGAGACUUACCUGCGAUGUUCCUGACCAUCCCUGCUACGGCCCAAGUUUCCCCGCCGACACAUGGGCAUCCGAUAGCACCUGUUCGGCAGUGCGGGAGUUGCACGAACCGCUGGCAAGAGACGCCGUUUACCCUCUUGACACGUGGCGAAACGAGCGGCCAUCUUCUCGACGAGGCAGCAGCGUACGCUGUCAGCAGCAGACGAGGCCGCCCGCUUCGCGGCUUGGCAAGUGUGUCCAACACGACGAUAGCAUGCGCCCCUCCUGGAGGCGCUGCCACGUGUCAGCGCGUGCAUUCGCCAGGAUCAGAACGCGCUGCAAGGAAUCGCCACGUCAGCACUGACACGACCUUGAGCGAGAAGACGGAGCACGGGAUUGCACAUCUCACAUCUCCCGGACGAUGCUUCUGUGCGCGAUCCGCAAAUCGCCGACUCUUUACUUCUGCCAGCGAUCAGAAGACAGUCGGAGGGGGGUGCCCGGCGGCGCCUGAUGGUCGAACUGCCCUGACAGGCGAUUCCGAUCCCGAUCCCGAUCUCGAUACCCCCUCUUCCCCAGCUUUCGCGCUGGUACCACCAUCUCCAUCUAUUUCCUCGCCUAGUCAUCCUUCAUUCCCGCCGCCGCCUGAAACACUCCCGUCGGGGGGCGCUGGGCACCUUUCCUCCCCCGUCGGCUCUCUUUGGGAGCGCGAUUGUCACGUACAGAAGGCCGGCACGGCGGCGGAAGACGCUUCGGAGGAAGGCGAUGACAGCCACACCGAUUGCGCGACACCUCCGCACGACCACGUGGCAAUCGAGGGAGGCGGGACAGGUGAGCGAGGAGAGGAGGGUGUCUGGAUUGACUACCUCGCGCUAUCUGAUCAGGAACUGCUGAGGCAGUGCCAAGUGGACACGUACCGCGCGUCGGGACCGGGAGGCCAGCAUCGUAACAAGACGGAGAGUGCCGUAAGAUUGCGACACGUGUCAGGUGUAGUGGCCAACGCUUCUGAGCGUCGAUCUCAACAUCAGAACAAAGAAAUGGCCCUGCAGCGUCUCCGCCAGUCCAUUGCCUUGAAUAUUCGGCGAACAAUCGACGUAAGCAACGGUUGUUACCAGCCAUCUCCCGAAUUCCUCGCGAUCUUGCCACGUGCCAUUUCCUCCAAGGCCAAGAACGCGCCACGUGUCUCGUACGGACCCAAUCACCCUCAAUUUUGGAAAGGUGCUCAGCAGCUCCUCGAUGUAUUUGUGGCUGCUGGGUGCUCCGUCUCCGACACCGCCAAAGUGCUCAGAAUGACCUCUUCAAUGACAGCCAAGCUGCUGACCUCAGAAGGCACCCUUCUCCGACGUGUCAAUCAAUUACGCACCGAGAAGGGAAUGAAGAACCUACGUUGAUUUAUCAUUUGCUGAGAACCAAUAUACAACCUAAAUACAGUCUUCUUUUCCAUAAAAAAAAAAUAAAAAAAAAUAAAAAAAUCCAUGCGCU